CUUUCAACAGCCAGUCUGCUGUCUUCGACGGACAAAAACAAAAUGAUAAAAUAGACCUAAAAGUUUUUGAUAACAAGCAAAUGGCAUAUAUUAAAUAUCAACAUCAACAUCUUAGAUGAUGAAACCAUGGUCUCCUUCGAUGUGAUUUCCUUAUUCACUGCUAUUCCUGUAGAAAAAGCCUGUAACUACAUCAGGAAGAAAUUAGAUGAUUAUUCUCUCCAUUCCAGAAGUAAUCUAGACAUUGAUGACAUAAUUUGUUUACUAAACCUUGUGCUGUCCAACAAUUAUUUCAUUUCCAAUGACGACAUCUACAAACAAAUCCACGGCUGUGCCAUGGGUAGCCCUGUCAGCCCUGUAGUGUCCAACUUAUGUAUGGAGGAAAUUGAAGAAACAGCAAUCGAUUCAACCCCGGUUCCACCCAAAAUCUGGAAACAUUACGUAGGUGACAGUUUUUGUGUCAUCAAAAAGAAUGCAGUUACUUCUUUUCAUGACUCACUGAACUCUAUCGACCCACAUAUUUCCUUCAUCAUCGAGCACGAAUCUAAUGGUCAGCUGCCAUUCCUCGACACCCUUAUUUCUCGCGAUAAUGAGAGGCUCAACAUUGAUGUCUAUCGGAAGUCCACGCACACGGACAGAUAUCUUGAUUUCCGUUCACAUCAUGACAGAGAACACAAAAUCAGCACUGCAGCAACACCUUUACAUAGAGCCCUAAAACUACCAAACUUGGAAGCUGGAAAAGCCCGUGAAAUUGAUCGCAUUAGCACCGCGUUACAAUCUUAUGGCUACCCACAAAAAGUCACUGCUGAUAUCAUAAGAAAGAAAUCUUCGACUUCUCCAACACCUUCACCUGAAGAACUAGUUGGGAUGUUCUUCAGUUGGGCUGACCCAACGAAUACUCAGAGCUUCGCGGUCCUCCCCUACAUCAAAGGUAUUACCGAGCCUCUUUCUAGAAUUCUCAAAAGUCAUGAUAUUUGAGUAACCAACAAACCAAUCAAAACACUACAACAAGAGUUCCCUGUUCCCAAGUUUCGACCUUGGGUCGACGACCAGUGCAAUGUUGUUUACAAAAUCCCUUGUGGGUCUUGUCCCUGGAGUUACAUCCGCGAGACAAAAAGAUUGUUUAGUACAAGGUGAAAAGAACAUAUCAGAAAUACUAAACAAUGUGCUAAAGGCUCCAAUGUAGCAAAACAUGCCUGGACCUUUGAUCAUACCAUCGACUUUACCAAUGCUGAGAUAAUUGACAAAGGCAACAGCCGCAUUAGAAAGAUGCUGGAAUCCUGGCACACAGUGAAAACGGUUGAGGCCGACAACAAUUCGUGCCCUCUGCCGGGACAAUAUGACAUUCUUUUAAACAAACACUAAUUUUACACUUGUAGGAUUCUCACAUUCUUUCUCAUGUAUUCUAUUUAAUAUAUGCCAUUUGCUUGUUAUAUUCAAACACUUUUAGGUCUAUUUUAUCAUUUCAUUUUUGUCCAUCAAAGACAGCAGACUGGCUGUUGAAAGCUCACA